CAUGCGUGAACCAUUGACCUUUCUCAUUGAAGUCCGCCAUGCUUGCUUCCUCGAAUAUACGUUGUUUACGCCACUUUCGAUGGCUAGCUAAUUGCAACCAUCACAUUCAAAAGUCACGGGUUGUCGCUAGUUUUCCACCAUGCACAACCCAAGGUACAAACCUUACAAGUCCUUUGAAACACACAUCCUCCUUAUUGUCUGGUUGUACUCAGACUUGUCACAGUCCAGUAAACAUUCGCUAUCUCCAUGGAAGCAACAUUUUAUAUACAGAUGAGAUUCGUGUCAUAGUGGCUCCUCCUUUUGCUGAGUCAGUCACAGAGGGAGACAUCAAAUGGGGAAAAGCUAUUGGUGACAGUGUGGAGGCUGAUGAGGUCGUGGGCGAGAUAGAAACAGACAAGACCAACAUGCCAGUCCAUGCUCCAGCAGCUGGUGUCAUUGAGGAGUUGCUGGUUAAAGAUGGUGAGACAGUCAACCCAGGGAAACAGCUGUUUAAACUUCGAGUUGGAGCUGGAGGAGGAGCUGCCCCAAAGAAGGAGGCUGCAGCCCCUUCACCAGUCGUAGAGGCACCAAAACCACAGUCAGCAGCCCCAUCUUCUUCUGGACCCAUACCUGACAAAGCCCCCCCACCUCCGGCCAAGCCUGCCCAGCCCCUGUCCUCAGUUCCAGUGUCAGCUGUCAAACCCAAACCUGCACCGUCUGCAGGAGCAUCUGCAGCACCAGCAGCCAUUGGGGGCAGUCGCUCAGAACAGAGGGUGAAGAUGAACAGAAUGAGACAGAGGAUAGCUCAACGCUUGAAAGAGGCUCAGAACACAUGCGCCAUGUUGACAACAUUCAAUGAGAUUGACAUGAGCAAUGUGAUGGAGAUGAGGAACAAAUACAAAGAUGUUUUCCAGAAGAAGUACAACCUGAAACUAGGCUUCAUGUCAGCUUUUGUCAAGGCUUCUGCUUUCGCUUUGGCUGACCAGCCAGUGGUCAAUGCUGUGAUAGAUGACAUGGACAUUGUCUACAGAGACUACAUUGACAUCAGUGUAGCUGUAGCCACACCCAAGGGGCUUGUGGUGCCUGUGAUCAGGAAUGUAGAACAGAUGAACUAUGCAGAUAUUGAGAAGGUCAUCGCUGAUCUAGGAGAGAGGGCUCGUGCUGGUACCCUCGCCAUAGAAGACAUGGAUGGUGGCACUUUCACCAUCAGCAAUGGUGGAGUCUUUGGCUCAAUGUUUGGCACUCCAAUCAUCAACCCUCCACAGUCUGCUAUACUGGGCAUGCAUGGAAUCUUUGACAGACCUGUUGCCAUCAAUGGAAAGGUGGAGGUUCGACCUAUGAUGUAUGUGGCCUUGACCUAUGAUCAUAAGCUGAUUGACGGAAGGGAAGCUGUCACGUUCCUAAAGAAGAUCAAGUCUGCUGUGGAAGACCCCAGAACAAUAUUACUUGACUUAUAAGACUUGUAGGGCUUUCUAGGUGUGAUUUUUUUUUUUACUCAAGAUUAGUGACCUUAUUGAACAAUUCUAUAUUUAUAUGUGUUUUGAAUGGCUCCAUGGCUCUGGUAUCAACUCUACAUAGUGACAAAUGUUAACAAAAGCCAAAGUGCUGUGUAUUCAGUUAAACAUUAGUGACAAUGACUCGCUCCUCAUGAGGAUGUCGACUUGAUAUUCAAUUUUUUUGUCAUCAGUUUAAUGUCAGGGGUUAUCCACAUUAGCAGUCAUGUGGCUUAGCCCUCUUAUUAUGUUAAAUAAGAAUGUUAGGUGUCAUUCACAUUAGCAGUCAUGUGACUUAGCCCUCUCAUUGUGUUAAAGUAUGUUUGUUCUUAUGUAUAGUGUUAACCUUAAAAGACACUCACUCACUGAUAAUAUUUAUACACUACAGUCCAAUCUAUGGCUUACAGUUUGGAAUACUUUUGAUGUUCCAUGCUUGAAAUUCUAGUUAUUACACUCUUGAAGUUUGUACUUAUUUUAAUCCAAAAUAUUUGUAUGUAUCCUAAGACUGAUUGACAAGAUAUCUAAUUCAUUUUGUUUUUUUUUUUUGGUCUCUUUAACUAGAGAUGUACUUGGAGAUUCAAGUUAAAAUUGUGAUAUAAACAGAGAAUAAUGUUGAAUUGUAUUGAAUAAAUAGAUCUGCUCUUUAAUGAUUGAUGGUUUAUUGGCUCUGAACUGAGAUAUAUGAUAUGUUGUGCUUGUGGUAUUUUGUGCUUAUUAAAUAGGUAGGGGUCAAUGUCACCUUAAUUCUGUAGAUUAGGUCAAAUGACCAUAUUUAAAAUGUUAGACCAAGCAAGUGUUUGUACCUGUCCUGUCACCCUUUGGUACAACAGCAGUUUGUCUAGCUUCAUAGCUCUGUAUGUAUGUCAUUCAAAUGCCAAUUUCAGUUUGUGUGUGUGUUACAUUUCUCUGUUUCUUUUGUUUAGUGAGUAGCUGCCAAUGUCAGUGUCAUGUCAUAUUUGUAUGUGAACUUACUUUUGAUGUUUUCAUAGAUGGAAAGAAUGAGAAUAAAGUUAUUAUAACACAAAA